GGCCCAUGCCCGCGUUCGCGCUCGCUUUCAUGCCCUUGCUCAGUUUCUCCCUACGGUUCACAACCACCAUCCUCACAGUAAGCUUACAUGGACCCAGCCAGCCAAGCGUUGAUCCAAUAUGUCCCUAAUGGCGUCCGUAAAACAUACCGAGCCCGAGCAGAGUAUACUGGGCUCUUAUAGUAUCGAACGGUUGCACGUCUCUGUCUUUGACGGAUUUCUUGAUAUUUUGACCAAGUUACGAAGCGAAUUUAUCCGGAAAGUCAGCGCCGCUGUGUCGCAUCACCUAUUAGACAUUUUGUACAGACGUGACUUACGCAGGAUCACCCGGAUCUGAGUCAACAUUCGAAACCAUUCCUAAAGACUUGGAGAGAGGCAUGGACGAGUACGGACGAGAAUUUCCACCUCACAGGGAUGAAAACUCUCUUCCGAUCUUGCGUCCCCAGGAUUUCCAAGCUGAACAAGCGGCAUGAAUCUCCAGUGAGAUUUGGCAGUUUCUCGCAAAUGAUGACUUGACUGUCACAUCACCGCUGCAGGACGUACGGCGCAUUCAGCAUAUUAACUGCGGCACGGGCACAUGGUGCACCUUGGCGAGCGAGAAAUAUCCAAACGCAAAGGUUCGCGGCUGGGACACCAUAACUUCUUAGAAACGGAGAGUGCCGCAAAUGGUCAGUUUCUACGUCGGAGAUUUCAAAGAAGCACUCGAAUCCUGUGAACGCUGGGAUAUCAUUCUUUUGAGCAAUUUACUGGGUACGGUUCAGGACUGGAAGGAAAUAUACCGUGUAUGCUUUAGGAACUUAAACAGCAGCGGAAUACUUAUACAUCGCGAGUUGAAACUGUACAUUCAUCCCUUGGAUUCUUUGCCUCCCUCUAUUUCACAGUUCAAUACCUUCCUGCGCCAAGCGGCAGAAUCUGCUGGAACUCCACUUGAUAUCACAAAGCACAUGCAAGAACAAAUGAAGGGCCAGAACUUCUCUGUACGUGCGAACAUCGACGCAAAGCAUCCAAUCCCUCUUGGGACUUGGGAUCACAGGCGGCAGUACGUGAUGCUUGGAGAGCUUAGCCUCGCUCGUAUCCACUUGGACCUUGAAGGCUUAUGCUUGCGUAUGUUUAAGCAACUUGGGUGGACUGCCGAAAUGACUAAAACAUUCAUUGACAAGGUGCUGGAAGAAAUCAAAUCAAGCAAUGACCCGUAA